AAGAGACCAGAGGAGGAGAAAGAGGAGGAGAAAGAUAAGGAGAAGAAAGAAGAGGAGGAGAAGAAAGAAGAGGAUGAAGAAAUAAAGGAAGAGGGACAGGCAUCAGAAUCAAAUGAUAAUGGUGAAGAGAAGCAGGACGAAGAAGCUGAAGGAGGAGAUGAAGAGGAGAAACCAGAUGAAGAAGAGGAAAAGCAGGAGAACACAGAGAACGAGGGAGAGCCGACGGAGGAGAAUCCAGAUCCCGGUGAGGAUGCGUCCGGAAAAACUGAAUGAGAAAACCUGAAGGAGUUCAGCCAGAAAUGAUCGUCUGCCAUCAUGUGUGAUUUUCUGCCUCCUGCAGAGCACAGAAGGAGAACUUUAAUGUGAAAAUAUUCUGGCUGUUUUCUGUAUAACAUUUAAAUGAUGGAACUGAGAGACCAGAA